UGACCUCUACGAUCGUGUACAUCGAAAGCGUACAGUCGAAAGCUGUAGUCAGUGACGCAUUGUCAGUUUUAACGAAAGCAUACAAUUCGCAAUCCACAUUUUAUUGUCGUCGUGAACGGUAUCGAUCCAUAUCUUUCGAUCAAACACGGGAAUCGUUCGAAUCAUUGACCGCCUCUGUGAAGAACACGUACCUUUUAAAACGUAUUGUCAAACGUAGAAAAAUCUGUUGGACUUAGUGUAUGGAUCGAGUAAAUUUGAAGUGAAGAGAUAUUUAAACACAGGAAAAGAAGAAAACGAUUUCUUAUUCUUUUCGCAAAGAAUUAUGACUACAACCGACAAAAUCGUUCACGUAUCAACGUGGGAAAUAGUUAAAUUACAUUUCUUCUCUUAUGUAUACGGUUCGUAUUUAAUAGUGAAACGAUUUCUUAAGUGGUCCUGGGACCCUGCGAGGUUCUUCAUGAUGCAGCAGCGGGACAAACCUCCGCCGUGUUUAGUAGACAAUAACUUGGGAACGCAUUCUUAUGUGAAAAUCAAAAGUACAAAAUUUCAUUAUGUAGAAGCUGGAGAUCAGAAUAAACCACUUAUAUUGCUUCUACAUGGAUUUCCUGAUUGCUGGCUAUCUUGGAGAGAGCAAAUACCAUCCCUUGCUGAACAUUAUAGGGUAGUAGCAAUAGACAUGAAAGGAUUUGGGGAUAGUGAUAAACCUACAACCAAACGCUCCUAUAAAAUUGAAAUCUUACUUGAAGAAUUAAAACAAUUUAUUUUAUCUCUUGGAGUAAAGCAAUGCAUCAUAAUUGGUCAUGAUUUGGGAGGACUUUUAGGAUGGUACUUGGUUGCCCUAUACGGGGAUAUGAUUUCUAAAUUUGUUGCAAUUUCGUGUCCUCAUCCUAAUUUUUAUUGGAAUAGAAUGCCUGGUGAUUCUGCAUUCGACUCAAAUUGGAUACACUUUAGUCAAUUACCAUUUCUUCCUGAAAUUGAUGCUCUUAAAGAAGAUUUAUCCAUUAUAAAUGAUACAUUUCGACAUCUUCAAGUAGACCAAACAAAUACUGGAAAAAAUUAUGUGGAAGCAUACAAAUAUGCAUUUAGUAGAAAGGAAGAUUGGACAGGUGCAAUUAAUUAUUAUCGAAAUCUUCCUUUUGUAAGACUCAAUACUGAGUCUUCUGAACAGAUUAAUACUAAAACUUUAUUUAUAAUUGGAAAUAUGGAUCCACUAGUAACAAUUGAAAAUAUUGUACAAAGUUCUGAAUAUGUAGAAAAAUUUAGUGUAAAAGUGGUCACUGGAGCACAACAUUUUCCACACCAACAAAAGCCAGAUACAGUAAACAAAGCAAUUUUAAAAUUUUGUAUGGGCACUACAAAUACUAUAGAAAAAACAUACUCUAAGAGUAUUAUGUCUUCUUGGUUAGGAUCCUUAAGUAAUACUGUUAAGUAUAGCAACAAUAUGUUUGAUGCUGUUCAUAGAAAAACUAGUGGAGUAGUGAAUGGUUUACCUAGUAAAGUAUUCUAUUUAGGACAAACUACUAAUUAGGUUAAUCAAACAGCAGUGAUUAAACAUAAUGAACAAUGAAGUUUAAUGCUCAGGUACUAGUUUAUAUUUAUUGAAAAAAAAUUAAGUAAUUAUAUUAUAUAGUUGUCAUAUUUUAAAGUCACUACUUAUUUUCACGUUACAUAUACAUAUCGGAAUUAUAGGUUAGGUUUAGAUAAAACGUUUUAGCAUUUUUUACACAAACAAUUCACAAAAUAGUUAGCGUACGUGUAUAUUCGUUAUUUAAUAAUGUAAAUAAAUAAUUUUUUGAUUGUAUGAUAAAACAUAUGAUAUGUAUAUGUAUAUAAGUAGUUAAUUUUUUAUGCAAGCUAACAAUGAUCUCUUAAAGGUAUGUUAAAAUACUUAUCAUAAUACGUUUAAUUAAUACUGUAAAUAAAUAAUAAUCGCAAAGAAUGAAAAAAUAGAUGUAUAUAUUAAUAAUAAUUAUAAAUACAGACUUCAUACAUUGUAAAGUA